AUGGCGGUCACUCCACCGGAGCGCCUUUGGCAGAUGGCUCGAAGCGUGACCAGAGACUCGCGAGUUCGAUACAAGGUUUUUGAGGGCAUUAAGGACUUCCUGUUGCCCACCGGCUACAGUUGGUACAUGGAGAUUGGCGGUCACAUCGGACUUUGCGUGUCCGACAACCAACACACGCUUUGA